AUGGUCAAAAUUCAAAAACAUAUUGAAAGUGAUCGUUAUAACAACUUGGAACAUAUGUACAAGCGAGCGUCUCAAAUAAGGAAUAUCUUGAGGAAGGAGAAGGAAAGAGAGAAAAGUAAUAUCCCCGAGAAGAGAAAAGAAGGUAUUGGUCAGGCAUCAGGGACUCCAGCAGGUUUUUAUCAAAAGAAAGCCAGAAAUUUUAGCAAUUUUCAAGAAGGUGGGUCUGGGGCAAAUGCGAGCUUUAGGGGAGAAGCUAAGCCAGCAAAGCCAUUACUGGAUCAGAUGGCAAUGAGAGGAAUUACUUCUGUAGGAGAUGCAAGAAAAACCAUCCGGGAAAAGAUUGUGACGGAAAUCUGGUUGAGUGGGGUAGAAGUCAACAGCCGGGUGGGCAGCACAGGAAAUAGAAUUCAAACAACGCCGGCAGUCAAGUCAACCGAUAGUACGGGAAUGAAAAUCGUGGCAAUGCUGCUGGCUAAUGGAAUAGUAUCUGCGGUCAGUGCAAGGGAAACUAAGCAGGCGACGGAUGUGGUUACAGAUAUGGAAGGCUUAGAGGUAAUUUUGGAGAUGGAUUGGUUAGGAAGAUAUAAAGCCAUUAUUGAAUGUAAAGAGCAGAAAGUAUUGUUGGAAGGACCACGAGGGGAAAACGUUAGAUAUAGGAAGUUUUCCAAGGGGCCCAAAACAAAUUUGGUGUCGACCUUAGAUUUCCAAGAGGGAAAGAAGGAGGAGGAUCCCAAGGAUAUUGCUGUAGUGAAUGAAUUUUUGGAAGUUUUUUAUGACGAGAUUCCCGGUAUGCCACCUCAACGGGAGAUUGACUUCACGAUAGACUUGGUACCUGGGACGGGACCGAUUUCUAAGGCCCCUUAUCGUAUGGCUCCGAAGAAGAUGGAGAAAUUAAAGUCUCAGCUUGAAGAAUUGUUGGAUAAGGGUUAUGUUCGACCCAGUGUUUCACCUUGGGGCGCUCCAGUUUUGUUUUUGAGGAAGAAAGAUGGUAGUUUGAGAUUAUGCAUUGACUACAGAGAGUUAAACAAGGACCGGGAUGAACACGAGGAACAUCUAUGUUUGCAAACUCUGCGAGAAAACACGUUGUACGCAAAAUUGUCAAAGUGUGAGUUUUGGUUGGAAAAGGUAUCAUUUUUGGGUCAUUUUGUUUCUAAAGAGGGUAUUUCGGUGGAUCCAGCGAAAGUAGAGGUAGUUCAAAGCUGGUCGUCACCAAAGAAUGUCACCAAAGUACGAAGUUUCUUAGGCUUGGCUGGGUAUUACCGUCGUUUUGUCAAAGAUUUCUCACGAAUUGCUCCGCCUAUGACUUCGUUGAUGAAGAAAGAAGAAGUUCGAGUAGACUAA